CGAUGUGUGAGAUUUACCCCUCACUUAUACCACUUACAGCACAUUCUGCAUUCUACAUGAGGAACUAUCGUAUUUCUCUGCAUGGUGGAAUGUGAUAGUGGUGGCAGAGAUGUCGGGCCGUGCCUAGUUUUGAUGGCGGUAUCUUCUUAUAAGAAAGGCGAGAUCCUCAACUUCAAGAUGGGACGGGGCCUUAGUUCAUCAAACUCUCACGAGUUUGACAAUUCAUAACCACGAAAAAGAUAUUCUAUCAUUUUGACAUCAGCUUAGACACGAUGGCCUACUCAAACUCAAACUCAGACAUCUUUGAUGUCGUGGUUAUUGGUGGAGGCCCAGUCGGUCUAGCCGCGGGAUAGGAAGUCGCCAAAGCGGGAAGCAAAGUAAUGAUUCUGGAACAAAACAACUUCUUCAAUCAAGCCGGCAGUUCAGGUGAUUUGGCCCGCAUGUUUCGCACUAUGUACACCGAAGAGUUCAUGGCUAAGCUUGCGAUUGAGGCUAUGAAGCACUGGCAUGCUCUUGAGAAAGAUGCUGGAGUGUCGCUUCGAUGGAUGGGAGGUCUUUUGAACUUUGGUGAUAAGGAUAUGGGAGGCGAUACUCCAGAAGGCUCGCUCUUGGGACCUAAGGAGAACUUGGACAAGUUUGGAAUGUCCUACAAGGAGCUCACUGCCGCCCAGAUUGAGGAACAGUAUCCCUUCAAGAACCUGGACCCCAAGUGGAUCGGACUCUUCGCUCCAGACAACGGAGUCAUCAACGUACAGCUCCUUCUCCGUACUCUAUACAGCCUUGCAAAGGACUAUGGCGCCCAGGCAAAGCAGCACACCCAAGUCAAGCAGCUUCGUCCUCUAGAUAGUGAUAAAUCCAUCUGGGAAGUCCACGCGAUGGUUCAUGAUAAAGAGGUCAAGUAUCUGACGAAGAAGGUCAUCAUUACCAGUGGAGCUUACGUCAAUCAUGUUUUGAAACCGAGUUUCAGCAUUGGUUUGAGGCUGGAUAUUUGGGAAAUGGUUGCAACAUACUUUAACACGAACCCAGGACCAAACGGCACUAUCUUCCCUAGCAUGUGGUUUCAGUUCGGACCAUCGGUGAAUGACAGGUCACAACUUUUCUAUGGCUUCCCAGCCUUGCCAUGGGGACCACCGAAUGUUGUGAGAAUUGCAGUGGAUGCUGCUACUCGAACAAUCGACGAUCCAAGUCAACGUCAAGCCAAUGUGUUUGACCCCAGAGAUAUCCAGGACACUCAAGAUUUCGUGAGGGACCAUGUUGUUGGCGUUGACGCUACCGUUCCGGCCUCGACUGUUAGUUGUCUCCAGACCAAUGUUUUCGACAACAUGUUUGUGCUGGAUUUCCUGCCAGAGAAGUAUCUUCGAGGUGGUGCGGAGAAGAGCAUUGCCAUUUUCACCGCUGGUUGGGCAAUGAAGUUUGUGCCUACUCUUGGUAAAGCGCUUGCUGAGAUGGCGUUGACUGGGAAGUCUGGCUAUAAGUUGGAUGAGUUCUCCAUCACGCGUACUGCUCCGAAGGGAAAGGAGAUUAUCAUCGAGGAUCCAGUGUCCAUCAAUGCAUCUGCUAAGAAAGAGACAACUCUUUCUCUUUCACGAAGUGAUUGCACACAGUCUGAGGGGUCUUCAUGCCGCUCCAGCUGAAACCUUAGUUAGCAUACUCCAGACUCGAAUAGUUCUCCAUUAUAAAAAGCCUUUUCAGAAUUCUAUGGUUGUUGAUACUCCUCAU